GUCAGUUGUAUUCUGUCGAAAUGUAUUUUGGGACAAGAGUGAUGUCCGCGGUGUGGUCCGUCGUGCGCCGCUUCGACAAGCCCCAGACGUCCAAGCACUUCCUGAAGAGCUGCCUGGUCAUCCUCGGGGACGGCGACGUGGGCACGCUCCGGGAGGUGCGCGUGGUUUCAGGGCUGCCGGCGGCGACGAGCACGGAACGGCUGGAGAUCCUGGACGACGAGCGGCACGUGAUGAGCUUCAGCGUCGUAGGCGGGGACCACCGGCUGUCGAACUACCGGUCUGUGACGACGCUACACCCUUCUUCGCCAGCGCGGAACGGGACGGUGGUGGUAGAGUCGUACUUGGUGGAUGUGCCAGCUGGAAACACGAAGGAGGAGACUUGCGUGUUCGUGGAUACGAUCGUGCGGUGCAACUUGCUGUCGCUGGCUCGGAUCGCUGAGAACUUGGCCAAGACCAACCACAAAUUGUCGUGAUUUAAUUUCUCCAUUAAAUUCAGGUCGGGCUGAAUCGUUUUGUGAUUAAUUUUGUGAUGUGGGUCAGAUCAGAUCGGCGGUAGCUAAUCAUCUCAAAUCUAUAGAAUCAGAAAAUUAUAUGGCAUCAUCUUCAGAUCGAUGAUCGAGCCCUUCAUAUUCAGGCUGCUACGGUGGUUGAAGGUGAAUUGAAUCAACAGUAGUAUGAUAAAAUAUAUAUGCGUAUAUAUAUAGAAAAAAAAAUGGGGCUUUUGUUUUGUUUUUUGUUCUUUCUUUUUACUUUGUUUUUGUUUGUAUGAAAUUAUGAAUACAUGUUCUUAAUUGGUUCCUCA